AUGUUUUAUUCAAAAGAAAUAUUAACAAAAAAAAAAUGUGGAUUUGGAAUAAUUUGGUUAGCUGCCACGUUAGGAUCACGUUCUCAUCUUCGCAAACUUUCAAGGAAAGAAAUUAAUUCAGUUAAUUUGGUUAAAGCUUGUUCACCACCGGAACCACUAGCACUUCGAUUAUCUUCUAAUUUAUUGUAUGGAAUUACACGUUUAUAUCAACAACAGUAUCAAUUUUAUUACGUAGAUACAAAUAAUUUAUGGCUAAAAUUUCAAAAAGCUUUGUCCGAAUUUCGUAAUGAAUCCGUCGACAUGUCAACAUCAGAGGCAAGACAAGAAGCAAUAACGCUGCGAGAUGAUCCCUAUUUCGAAAUCGAAAUGUUAAUAAAUAAAUCGAAUGAUACAGAUAUGGUUCUUGAUAUCGAAAGACAAAUUGAUUGGAUAUUAUCUUCAGAACAAGAAAUUCCUAACCAAGUUUUGACGAAUAAUCGAAAAAAUGAUAAUAAUAGAUCACGGCGUUCUUUAAUUACUCUCCCGGAAGAGAUUUUCAGUUCAGGUGAUGGUGAAUUUACUCAGUCGUUUAUAGCAAUUAAUUUCGACGAAAAUGGUAAUUUACAUGAACUUGUGCCUGACAUUGAAGGUAGUGGUGUUGGUGGAGGAGGAAUGGAAAGAAGUGGCGUAGUAGUUGAUAAGGAGGGAAUUACUGGUGGUUUGAAUUCUGAUACUAUCAAAGAGAUUGAACAUAGAGUUAGAGACGAACAUAAUAAUGUCGGUCAAUCAAGAGACCACAAAAGACGUAGAACUGAACUUCAGAUUCAUGAUGGUGUUGAAAAUCACCAUGAUUUCCAAAAUACUGUGGAAGUAGAAGAGCAACAAGGGCAAGAUGAACAAAGGAUUGGACAGGAUGAGAUGGAAGUAGUAAUUGAACCACGAGUUAUUGAUGAAGAAGAAAAUAAUAGAAGGUCAUCCGUCUCGACACAACCGAGACGUCGUCGUAGACGUAGGCUACAAAAUAUGUACGAUGAACCAGCAGAAUUAACAAAUGAACAAAUUCUUCAAAUGCGCGAAAGCGUUGUUGCUGAUUUGGAUAUUGCUGAACAAAAAGCAAGAGAAAAGAAUGUUAGCCAAAAAUAUAAAGAUCAAUGGAAUAAUAUAUUAUAUACAUCUGGAUUACCACUGAGAGCAAGACCAUUGGUAACUCUAUGGGAAAAUCAUUGUGCACCAAUGCUACAAGAUGAUAUCGUCAGACAAAGAAUAACUCAUCCACCGCUAAUGCUAUCUAGUAAUGAUAUUUAUUUGCAAGAACCAAUUAGCCUAUCUUUUACUACUAACAUUCCUGAAAUUAACAAAGAACAUGAUAGAACAAGCAGUUUACAAGAUGUUGAAUCAGAAGUGUUGAGGAGAGGAGAAAGUUCAACAAAUGUAUCAUUAUCAUCUGGACUUAGAAGGAGUAGAGAUAGUAGUUUGAAUAGAUCUCAUAACAGCAGCGGAUUUAAUUAUGGUGGUAGUGCUAGUGGUAGCGAUUUUUUUGAUUUAUCAGGAGUAGUCGAAAGUGUUGACAAUAGAAACCAAAGAAAUUCGAUUGGAUUUAAUCGAGCAUUAUUGAAUUUAUCAAAAAGUAAUAGCGGUCAAUUAUCGGAUUUUCCAAUAGUUGAUGAUAAUUAUGGAGGCGAUGAGGAUAAUGGUAGUUUAGCAUCAGAAUAUUAUCAAGGAAGAUAUUAUUCAUCAAGAAAUAGAAGUAUUGGGAGUAGUGUUGGAAGUGGUAUUGUUAUGGAAAAUGAUUCAAAUCUAAAUCAGGAACAUGAAUCAAUGGCGUUCAUGGAAUCGGUUAAAUCACUAAUGUAUGAGGCAAAAGUUACUAGUGCCAUUUACCAGGAUAUAAUUGACGCUCAUAAUAUGAAACAAUCCCAAGUAAAACCUGUGACCACUAUAUAUGUAAUCCUAAAUCCUGAAGUAACUUCUAAACCUAUUGUGGAGACACCAAUAAUCACUGCUGAACCAACAGUGACACAAAGCAACCCUGAAUUUUAUAUGAAAAUUUCUGAAGAUAUGCCUAAACUUGAAAAAGCAUCUAAACCUCCAGUAAAAUUACAAUGGAAUCAAGGUUUUUUGGAAACAUCAACUAUUCAUAUCAAACGGUUUAGAGAAGAAGAUGCAUCUCAGACAGCUGAAACAAAAGACAAUUGA